CAGCAGGGGGCGCUGUUGCCCCUUCCUCUUCCACCAGUACGGAAACAGCCGCCGGGCUAAGAUGGCGGCGCCCAUGAAUCACGGAGCGUGAAGAGAGAGAGGCCUGGAUUGUGUACAGAAGCAGAUGCCAUGAAGCGGGCGGCCUCUAUCUCCUCAGCGUCCGGAAUUGGCCGGAGCCGCAAUGGGAGACGAGGGCGGCAGCAGCAGAAGGCCGACAACCUACAGAAACUGGGGCUGGCGGUGAGGGAGUUCGUGGAGGCGGCUGCUGCGGGGGGAAUCGAAAGCGGCGGCGGGUUCUCCUCUCCUCCCGGGGUACCGCUGCAGCACCAGCAGCCCCCGUCAGCGUUGCGGAGCAGGAAGAGCCGCCGGGAGCUGCGGCGAGAAAAACGCAAGCUGAAGCGAAGGCGGCGGCGGCUCUUGGGCGGCGGUGAGACGGCAGCGGAGGUGAAAACCUCUGGAAAGAAGGAGCAGCCGCCGAAGGGGGAGAAGAAGAACAACAAGCCGGUGCUGCCUCCGCUUCCUCAGGCCCCCGAGCGAGGGAAGAGUCUCCCCGCCUCCGAAGGCCAACGAGAGCGACCCGGGAAAGCCUCCCCUUCCGCCUCAUCGGCCCUGGCGCGCAAGCGAGCUUUGCUGGCGGCCAACGAGGCGGAGGAGAGGAAGAUCCGGCGGUUGGAGAGGCAGCUGGGGCUGAGCAAGCGUCGGAAGAAGAAGCAGGAGCAGCAGGAGGGGCGGAGGGGAGCGGCGGCGGCUUUGCCUCCAAGCUUCGCCAGGGACGGGCUGGGCUACGUGUUGGGAGCUCUGGAGUCGGGAGCCACCUUCUCCGGCCUAUACGAGAGCAGCGAGGGAGAAGGAGAGGAGGGAGAAGGGAGGGAAGAGGAGGAGGAGGAGGAGGAAGAAGAGGAGGAGGACUUAGUUGUGGGGGAAGACCCACGAAGCUCAGACGAAUCCACUGUGGAAGGAGAAAGUGAAAGCGAAGAGGAAGAAAGUAGGUCCCUCAGCAGCUCAGAGCCUGGAGGCAAGGAACCCACCUCCCCCAGAGACAAGGAUGAGAAUCCUUGCCAAGAUGCUACAAAGUAUAUUCCCCCUCAAAUGCGAAGGUCUGAAGAGACAAUAGAUGCCAAAAAAAGGGAAGAAUUGGAAAGGCUGAGGAAAGCAUUGAAAGGUCUAACUAACAGGUUGAGUGAACCAAAUUUAGCCUCUAUAAGUGGACAGUUAGAGGAGUUAUACAUGGCAAAUAGUAGAAAAGAUAUGAACGAAACACUGACUGAUAUCGUUAUUAGUGUUUGCGUUACAACAUCGGCAAUGCCUCCCAGGCUGGUGAUGGAACAUGUACUUUUAGUUAGCAUCCUUCACCGAACAGUUGGAAUUGAGGUUGGUGCUCAUUUUUUGGAAACUGUGGUGAGGAAAUUUGAUGAAGUCUACAAAAUUGACACUGAAGGGAAAGAAUGUGAGAACGUGCUUGCCUUAAUUGCUCAUUUGUAUAACUUUCAUGUGGUGCAUUCAUUGCUGAUAUUUGACAUCUUAAAGAAGCUUGUUAGCACUUUUUCUGAAAAAGAUAUUGAGCUAAUUCUGCUGCUGCUGAAAAAUGUGGGCUUUUCCUUGAGGAAAGAUGAUGCUUUGGCACUGAAAGAACUUAUCAUGGAGGCCCAGAAAAAAGCAAACGCAGUAGGAAAGCAGUACCAGGACCAGUCAAAGGUAUGCUUCAUGUUGGAGACUAUGCUGGCACUAAAAAAUAACGACAUGAGAAAAAUCCCUGGUUAUGAUCCUGAGCCAGUUGAGAAAUUAAGAAAGCUGCUGAGGACACUGGUUCAUAAUAGCAGUUCUGGAAAAGAAGCUCAACUUCGAGUAUCAUUGGAAUCUCUCCUCAGUGCUGAUCGAGUUGGUCGGUGGUGGAUUGUUGGAUCCUCUUGGAGUGGAGCUCCAAUGAUUGAUGGCACCAGCAGCAAAAUUCAACAAAUACUACCUGAAGGAAAGGUGAGUUCAAAGAUUCUGGAACUUGCUCGUAAACAGAGAAUGAACACAGACAUUAGGAGGAAUAUAUUUUGUAUCUUGAUGUCUAGUGAAGACUUUUUGGAUGCCUUCGAAAAACUUUUAAAGCUUAGACUUAAAGAUCAGCAGGAGAGAGAGAUUGUCCAUGUCCUCAUAGACUGUUGCCUGCAAGAGAAGACUUAUAACCCCUUCUAUGCAUAUUUGUCUGCCAAGUUCUGUGAAUAUGAAAGACGAUUCCAGAUGACAUUCCAGUUCAGUAUAUGGGACAAAAUCAGAGAUCUGGGAAACCUGUCCACUACGGCUUUCUCCAACUUAGUUCAUCUCUUGGCUCAUCUGUUGAAGACCAAGUCUCUCUUCCUUACUGUUUUCAAAGUAAUUGAAUUCAGUGAUUUAGACAAGCCAAAGGUCCACUUCUUACGACAAGUGUUAUCUGCAUUAUUCUUAAAAACAGAUCCAGAAGAACUCAACCACAUCUUUGGAAAGUUGGCUGACAACCCCAAACUGGGUAUGCUGCAUGAAGGCUUGAAGCUGUUUCUCACCCAUUUCUUGCUGAGGAAUAUUCAAACUCACAAAAGUGUUAAAGAAGCCACUUUGCUAAAAGAAAGAAUUGAACUAGUAACUAGGACUUUGAAAGCAAAAGAAUCUAGAUUAAAGUUAUAGUGUUAAAAAUUAUUAGACCUAUCUGUGUGGGAAAUGUGGACUUAACUGAAAGCACAUGAGUUGAAUUUGAACUGCAGACAUCAUGUUAUCAACUGUCCCUUCACAAGAACACGGUGCAGGAUUAGGUUUGAUAUUCAAACUGGUUUGUAUUUAUUUUUUAAAAAAUAUGUCCAUAUUUGAAUGGUGACAAUUUUACAUGGUCAUUCUUUAUUAUUCUAUUUUUAAGACAAGGUCACUAGUGAAAUCUAAAUAUACAGUGUAUUUUUAAAAUUAAAAAUUUAGUUUUAUACUUUAACUCUGACACUUUAAUAUAGCGUUGAACCUCUUUCAAAAACAUAUCAAGUGAGUGAUAUUGCAACAUCAGUGUGUAGUGCUAAUUUAAAUUAUUUAUUUCUUACCCAAUUCUGAUUCCUUUCAAGUUUAAUACCUUCUUACAUCUUUCCCCCCUAAUUCAUUCUGCUAAAAUGUUGAUAGAUAAUGCAAACAAUACAUAAGAUGUUUCUCCAGCAGCUCAUUCAUUAUAUCAGUCUUUUUCCUGAUAUACUGAACUUAGUUUUCAUAUUCUUCCCCCCACCUUUUUUUCUCAUUUCUUAUCCUGUGUGACCAAAGUGUGGUGAAAAGCCUACAAAUAUAAAUAAAUGAAAUAUUAUUUCCAUAAAAGUCCAUCCACAAAUUUCUUUGCUUUUCUUAAUCUUUUAUGUAUUCCUGUUCUCAAAUGUGAACUUCUUUACAAAAAUGUCUUGGUUGCUUCUGGAGUUAGAAGUACCCACUCUUUUUCCUAAACUCAGAGUGGGGUACCUGCCCCAACUGCACAGGGCUGAUGGGAGUUGAAGUCCAUCAACACUUGGAGGGCCACAGGUUUUCCACUCCUGCACUAACGCCUUCUUUUUAGAAUCGUUUGUUGAAAAAAUAAUCACUUGCUGCCAUUGAUUAGUCAUACAGACUUAUCAAAAUAUACCAUACUGAUUUACAAAUAUAUAUACAUUCAUUAAGGAUAACAGCCAGUUUUAAUUAAAGCUCAAGACACAAGUAAAUUGCUUACUUGGAUGUAACUAGAUUUUGUGUUCUACUAAGAAUUAAAUCAAGGCCUUGUUAUCUGACUCUUAGAUUGUCUUUGUUUAGAUAAUGAAAGUUAAAAUAGAUGUGUAAGACCACAGGUGUACACUUAUGUCUGCAUGUGAAUAUUACAUCAAGCAAAUGGAAAUUAUGUUGUUUAUCAUUUCAUAUAAUACUAAUAAACCAUCUGCAAAAGCCUUACUCCACAGUGG